UAGCGUGCGGCCGGAGCAAUCUGCACCCUGAACACAUCCGAUUAGGCAUACGCACAUCGCGCAGAGAAUAUCGCCUGCGUUCAAGUAAAUAAUAAAUUUUUGAAGAGUCCCUUCAGUAUCGCCACUUAAAAUCCGGCGCCUUGCGAUCCGACGCCCAGGUACUUUAAAUCGCGAUUGAACGCCUUUCGAUAGAUCGUGGGAAUAGAGGAGGCAGAUCGAAAAGCGAAUAUUCGACUCGGCGCGGCUCAAAAACCGUACACGCAGAACGAACUGACAGAAUGAUGCGGCACGCUCUCGUGAGAAGAAAAAGAGAGCGUAAGAGAGGAAAGAAGGCGCAAGGGAGGUUCUAGGUCGUCUUAAGUUCAUCUCCCGAUGUACUGAUACUGGCGAGAGACGACUAUGAAUCGACCGAGAUCAUCAUCCGGAAUACCAGGCAACGAGGUCAUCCUGUAAGGAUAAACGAAGUCCCGGUUGGUGGUUCGGAUCCGCGCUUCUCCCUCUGUACAUUCGCCGCUGAGCGAUGUCGAAGCGAUAAAGCGUGUCGCAGUGACCACGUGCCGACUUCAAAUAAAAGUUGAGAAGAGCUCGAGAGUCGUCUUGAGAAUAUCUGAUUGCGAAGACGAAAGGCCGGCAUGUCGGUGGACGAAGUGGUUCAAAACAAUAAUAACGGAAAUGAAGAUAAAAUCGAACUAUUACGGGAGACCCGAUUUGUCAGCGGAAGCAAGUACGAAGGAACGUGGAACGCGAUUGACAAGGAAGGCAUUGGCAGAUAUGUGACACCUAACCAAGUUAUAUUGGAAGGGGAGUUUCGAGAUGGUAUGCUUCACGGCCAUGGAAGCAUAUAUUGGCCACGUGCGCAAGUAAUGGACGGUGUGUGGAACCGUGGGAAAAUGGAAGAAAAGAAACGUUAUAUAUUCGCGGAUGGUUUAACGUAUCAGGAAAAUGAAUGGAAUUAUUGCAUAUUUCCUGACAGACGAUUUUACAAGUGCGUGGUAAACGGAUUGAGACCAGCCGGGAAAGUAUUAAAAACCAACGAUCAACCGACGAAAAUUAUUCCUCCGUUCUGCUAUGAUACCGGUGCUGGGAUCUUCGACCCCAACGAAGGAUGUAUAUUAUCAUAUCGCAAAUGCAAAAAAAUACUCAGUAUUCCAACAACGAUAGAAAGUAUAUGGAUAAUGGAAUAUUGCCGGAAAGAUUGGUCAGCUCCAAUUGGUCACCAUUGGUGGUUCUACGAAUACUUUCAAUCGGGAGCAGCGGAUUUUGCAACCUUACCGCCGGAGGACGAGACGGAAAAUUGGUGGCGAAGACUGACCAGCUUCGCCAAGCAUUCGCCCGCUGACAUGACGAAACGAGCAAGAUUGUGUCGUUAAGGGAUUCAAUCAAAAGGUCGUAAGGAA